CUGCUUUCUUUUGGAUGUAUUCAAAUAACAGGAGAGUUCGUCCAAAGGGACGUAAAUCUUAGUCAUGGUCGCCAUUUGCACGUUUAUGGCGCUUAUGUGAACACGCUAGUAAGUAGAAAACAAUGACUCUGAGUGUUGAUUUCGGCAAUUUUCUUUGAAAAAGGAAGCAAAAAGGAUAUUAUGUCUUUACCACCUCGGCAACCUAUAGGAAUGCCACCUAUGGUACCUGGUAUGAUGACACAAGGCUAUACUUUUCCAACAAUGGGUAUGGUAUCUGUUAGUCCGAUGGGACUCAUACCUCCUGUUAUACGACCAAUCGUAAGUACAAGUUCUACUUCUACAUUGACUCAAAGUAAACCAAAAAAGAUAGAAAAUAAAGUAAAUGACAAAAAGAAAGACAAACCACCAGUAACGACAGUAUUUGUGGGUAACAUCAGCGACAGAGCGCCAGAUGCGAUGGUUGGACUAAUGCUACAGAAAUGCGGCGACGUUUUGAGUUGGAAACGGGUACAAGGAGCAUCCGGGAAAAUGCAAGCCUUCGGAUUUUGUGAGUAUGAAGAUCCUGAAGCUACACUCAGGUGUAUCAGGCUUUUAAAUGAUUUUGAAAUUGCUGAUAAAAAGUUAGUUGUGAAAGUUGAUGCUAAAACUAAAACUUUGCUAGAUGAAUACGAGAAGAAAAAGAGCGAUGAGAAGGUUGCUGAGGCAAAGGUGAAAGAGGAUGGUGAGAAAGAGAAGGAGAAAAAGGAAGAAGGAGAGGAAUCUGAACAGGAAACACCGGAGACUACGAACGGUGAUGGUCUUGACGAUAGCACUAAAUGUGAAGAUAGUAUUAUCAAAGCAGGUCUGGAUGCUAUUCUCAGGGAAUUUGCUGACGAUUUGGCUAAAGAGCCACCUGCAGAGAAAGAGAAAGACGGUAAAGGUAUGCACAGGAAAAAUAAGGAAGAAAAAAUUCAGGCCGAUAAGGGUCUUGAUGAUAUGGAGCUGGAAGAAGACACCAAAAAUAUUAUCAACAGAGAAAUUAAGAGCUUCCGAGAUCUUCAUAAAGAUGAGGAAGUAAAUGAUAAAGAGAAUCGAAACCGUGAAAGUACUUCUCAGUCAAGCAGUCGAAGACGACACGACGAUUCCAGAGCACGGAAGGAUAAAGUUCAUAAAAGUAAAGUUUUCCAAAGAGAUCGCAGCCAUUCUAGAAGUUCUUCCCGAACACGAUCUAGGUCUAGAUCUGAAUCACGGUCACGGUCCAGGAGGGAUAAAUCUCGAGAAAGAUCCAGAGAAAAAUCAAGAGACCGGUCAAGGGAAAGGUCAAAGGACAGAGAUCGUCGGGGUCGUGGUCGAGACUUUGAAGAAGAGGAAGAAGCUUUGGAAAGACGUAAGCUGGAAAAGAAAUUCCGUGAGAAAGAAGCAGCAUACCAGGAACGGUUAAAGAACUGGAUGCUCCGUGAAAAGAAGCGUAUGAGAGAAUAUGAUAAAGAACGAGAACGUGAAUCCGCUCGUAAAGCUGAAGAGUCUAAAGAAGCUCGACGUCUGAAAGAGUUCCUGGAAGACUAUGAUGACUUGCGAGAUGAUCCAAAGUUUUACAAAGGUAGUGCUCUUGCCCGUCGACUUAGUGAACGAGAAGUUGAAAAGCAAUUAGAUGCUAGAGACAGACAGAAAGAAAAGGAAGAAUUAGAGGAAAUCCGAUUGCGACUCUUACAAGAAGGUCAUGAAGAUGCUGAAGCCGAAAUUGCUAAAAUGGAACAGGAAAGAGAUGAACACCUGAAACCUCGGCUUCACUUACUUCCCCAGUCACCUUCUCCUGUUAAGAAACCCCGAACUCCACCUCUUCCAAGUCCCAGGAAAGAACCUAAAGGUGAUUGCGAGAUAAUGGAGAUCAAACGUAGUCCUCCACCAAAAAUGCAACCAACAUUAAAACCUGUUGAAAUCCCUUCCAUCGCCAACAAUUCCAAAAGCCCAUCUUCUGGUAUGGAUAGACCUCUUCACAAAAACCUGGACAGUAACAUGGAACCAAGCAUUUCAUCGAAUGCUAAAGAUGAACCUGCUAAAAUUGGUUUUAGUUCAAUAAAAAUUGGAAGUUCAGACAGUCCUAGUGAAAACACUUCUUUCAAAAAGAAAAGGAUAACUGUUGGUGAUGUUUUCAGUCAAGAUGAUGACAGCACGGAUGUAGUGAAAAAGCGCAAACUUGUUCCAUUAGAUUAUGAUGAAGAGAAAUCCGAAAAGAAAACAACCACAGCCGAAGAAAAGAGACAGUUGAUCAAAAAGCUUAUUGAGCAAAUUCCAACAGGGAAGGAUGAAUUGUUCUCUUAUCAUUUAGACUGGAAUACAGUGGACCAAACUCUUAUGAACAAGCGCAUUAGACCUUGGGUAAAUAAGAAAAUAGUGGAAUACAUUGGUGAGGAGGAGCCCACUUUAACUGACUUUAUUUGCCAAAAGGUAAUUGGACGUAGUUCUCCGCAGAGCAUCUUGAAUGACGUAGCCAUGGUUCUUGAUGAAGAAGCUGAGGUGUUUGUUGUCAAGAUGUGGAGGUUACUCAUCUAUGAGACUGAGGCUAAGAAAGCUGGACUUGUCAAAUAAUGUGACAAUUCUCUCACAUUUAAAAAAAAAAAGAAAAAGAAAAGUAUAAUUGUCAGACCCUUCUACAUAAACAUACAAAUUCAGCAUCUACAGAUUGCAGCAAAGACUAAAGAUUCAUUUAUUUUUUUAAAUGCCUUAAUUUCCCCUACUCCCAUGCUCUCCAAUUCCUUUUAAUGAUUAAAUUUUUUUUUUCUAGUUUUUGUCUUUCCCACCCCCUCCUAUUUCCUUCCAAUUUUCAUAAUCCAGUUCUCUUGCACUUUUACCUUACAUUUCAGUUAAUGUUUUCUCCUUGCCAAUCCAUACUCAUUGUUUCUUCUAUAAAUUUCAUUCCCUUCCUCUCUUUUCUCAACUUUAAAAAAAAGACAACAGCAACAGUAGUAGUAACAACAACAAUGCUCUGUCCAAUUUUGUGGGGGAUAAACAAACAAUGAAAUAUGCUUGAUCAAAAAUCAAAGACAACUUUAUUUUAAUGCUUCUCAAUAAUUCAUAUUUUAUGUGACAGCAGUGAAGUUUGAGUUGGUGUUAAAAUAACAACAUUACUUGAAAAAGCAUUUUUUUUCACAAUUACAACUUUAAUAAACAACACUACAAAUUUUUGAAUUCAUAGGAAAAAUUACCAAAAGAAAGAUAGAGCUGAUAAAGAACUUUUUUUUUUGUUUUUUGUUUUCAUUCUCCUAGCAAGUAUUUUUUAUAUCUCAUACUUUUCUGACUAUAUCAACUCAACCUUGCUGGAGAAAGGAAAAAAAAUGUUUCAUUUUUUGCUUUUCAUGAACAAAAGACAGACAAAUUGAAAACAUAAACCAGGAAAUAAAUAAUUUGAAACCUGUA